AUGUUGAAAUAUCGAUACCAGUUGUAUAAGUCAGCAUGUACCUACGCAUUAAUCUAUCGCAAAAAUGUACCUCUGAGUUCGAUCGCGUCCAAAUUCUCACUUCAUUCUCCAUUUGUGCAUAUCCUCGGUGCAGCAAGGUAAUAAUGAAUACCUAAUAAAUCACUCUUUUCAUUAUAAGGAUCAUGUUUCUCAACGCUGAAAAAAUUGCCGAAUAUGUUACCGUCGAGGUAUCGUUUUUCUGCUUCUGCGUUACCAACGAAAUAAUGAAAUUCCUGAACGAUAAUCUGUAUCUUCAAAAAGCCUGCCGUUUCAAUCAGACCAUCGAGCCAGAUUUGGACACACCGUGCGACGAUGAAGGACUCGGCAUCUUAUUCGUAUCAGAAAUUAGCUCGAAAUACGCUCCCAUCAGUUUCUUCCUCAGUCACGUGAUCACAAUAUUCGCCACAAGCUGGAGCGACGAAGCUGGACGACGACGGAGGCCUUUGAUUUUCAUCCCCCUGAUUUCUCAAAUCAUUACCGCAUUGCUGGGCUGUGUGUAUUCGUAUUUUUGGUACAUCGAGCCCACAUACGCUGUCUUCUCUGAAAUAAUAAUUCAUGGUACGAGCGGUGGGAUGUCUUUGAUAACGUACGCUUCGCAGAUGUACUUAUGCGAUAUUUGUUUGAUGGAAAGUCGUACGAUGAGAUUGGGAGUUUUAGGUGCCAUUAAAGUGAUUACUAUUUUGAUUGGGAAAGGUGGAUCUGGAUUCAUUCUACGCAGCUUUGGAUUCCUUUUUUCGUACUUUUUGUGCUACCUUGUGUCGACGAUGGGUUUAGUGUUGGGGUUGCUGUUCAUCAAAGAUAUGUCGAUUCCGAUGGAGAAACAGAAGAAGAUACAUCAGUUUAUAAAUAUUGGCGUUGUAGUGGAUAGUUUUCGGGUUGUUUUCAAGAAGAGUCUGGGGAGAAAAAGGAUUGUAGUUUUGUCGUUGUUGGUUACCAAUGUUAUUUCUUAUUUUACUACUUGCGGUGAAUUUGCUGUGAUGUAUUUAUACUUGAGGUACAGAUUCCGAUGGGAUGAACGAAAGUACAGCGCUUUUAUGCUGUAUAAGUUUUCAGUAUCGACAUUUGGUAUCCUAUUCAGUUCAGUGAUUCUCAGUAGACGUUUGAAAUGGCAUGAUGGCUUGAUCGGUAUGUUUGCCGGAUUUUGGGACACAAUGGCUGUCAUAGGAUUGUUCUUCGCAUCUUUGGAUUGGCAGAUUUAUUUGAUUCCUCUACUCGAUGUAUUUCAUGGCACAGCGUUAACUGUCAGUACAUCAUUCAUGAGCAAAUAUUACGACAGCACUGAAUUAGGACGAUUGGGCGCUGUAUACAACGUAGUUGGUUUAGCAGCACCUUUUGCUUACCCUUUGUAUAAUGUAAUUUUUCAAAAAACUUUGGAUACGAGUUUUCCAGCAGCAUUUUGUGUUGCUAGUGUAGCCUUGGAUAUCAUAACUGUUGUAUUAUAUGGCGCUGCGUAUCUUUAUGCAAAAAAACUCGAUAAACAGAAUUCAAUAGGUGUAGAUGGAAAUCCAGCGAUCACUUCUAAAUGAUAUCAUAUGUACCUACUUUUAUUUCAUUCGUGAAUGUGAAAAUUUGACAUGAAAACGUAGACGUAUAGAUGAAAAUACCUACCUUGAUUCACCAAUCACCCGAAGCAGCAUGAAACUACGAGUAUUUUUAUCAAGGUUCUAAAAAAAUUGGAUGUUUUAAUGGUGUUUUGAUACUUGGUUGAUGAAAAUAUUGUGUGAAAGUGUGACUUUCGUAUUAUUUUCCUCGUAUUUCUGGGUGGGUAAAGUUAUUGAUGGAUUUGUAAAUAUGUAUGAUUAAAGUAUAAAUUUAUUUUUAUUUCUGUA